AGAGAGAGAGAGAGAGAAACGGUGCGAUCAGAACGGAACAGAGACAGAGGAAGAGUGAUAGAGAAGGAAGAACCAUAGGGAACAUUCGCACUCUCCACGGUUCUGUCGGUUCAGUCACACUGCGUCAUUCGACUGAGCGACUUCACGGUCGUUUCUCUUUCCUUUCAGACUCGUUGACCGCUCUCCUUUUUAUUUUGUUACUUCUCUCCUCUCUCGUAUCUCGAAUCAGUACCUGUCUUCGUUCUUUUGUUUCCCUCCUCCGUUUUCGUUCGUAUUCUCUUCGAAGAAUAGAAUCUCAUCGCGAUCGUUCUUUCACGAACAACGAAACGUUUUUAUAUAGUUUUCGAAAAGCAAAGGAAGGAUAAGUGAAAGAAACAGAAACGUUUGAACAUUUUUACCGACGUUUCACCUAUAUUGUACCGGUGCUCGACGAAAACUUCCGAGGGGUGCACGUUGAUCGACAGAUUCAAUCUGACUGCGAAGCGUCUGUGUCGUUCGAUCGACCGAUCGUCCCUCGAACUUAGAAAAGAGGCUGCGUCGCGAUUGCUGCUGCGGUGAGGAACGCGCAGUCAUGAACGGGAUUUCCAGCCAGUGCGCGAAAAUCCAGGACCUGAACGUGUACGACAACGAGGAGGAUCGCAAGAUGAUGAUAAAAAAGCCUGGACCGCUGAGGACUGUUUCCUGGUCGGAAAGCGUCGAGGAGUGCAAUUUAGACGUGCCGGGGACGCCCAGGACUCCGCGUACCUCCACCACGCCAGGGCAUGAAAAAUGCAUGUUUCAUCACGAUUUGGAGCUAGACCACAGGCCACCCACACGCGAAGCUCUACUCCCGGAAAUGUCACGAAGUUACAGACUACUUUUGAGCUCACUUGGCGAGGAUCCCGAUCGACCGGGUCUUUUAAAAACUCCGGAACGUGCUGCGAAAGCCAUGCUGUUUUUCACGAAGGGUUACGAUCAAUCCAUCGAUGAUGUUAUAAACGACGCGGUGUUCGACGAAGAUCACGACGAGAUGGUUGUAGUGAAGGAUAUCGAAAUGUUCUCCAUGUGCGAGCAUCACUUGGUACCGUUCUAUGGAAAAGUCUCGAUCGGCUAUCUCCCCUGCAAGAAGAUCCUCGGCCUGAGCAAAUUAGCUAGAAUCGUAGAGAUUUUCAGCCGGCGUCUUCAGGUUCAAGAACGUCUUACCAAACAGAUUGCAAUAGCGGUGACGAAAGCGGUACAACCAGCGGGAGUGGCUGUGGUCGUCGAAGGAGUACACAUGUGCAUGGUGAUGAGAGGAGUGCAAAAAAUAAAUAGUAAAACGGUUACGUCAACGAUGCUUGGUGUGUUCCGAGAUGAUCCAAAGACUCGUGAAGAAUUCCUUAAUUUAGUCCACAACAAGUAAAUUUCUUUCGUCGGAUCGUCGAAGCGUUAUUGGCCAAGGAACCAAUUUAAAAUGGCCCCGAUAUGAUCCUCGUUUAAACGUUUUCGUCAUAUUGCUACCUCACUACGGAAGGCGUCCGAAAAACAGAAAAAAGGAUUAUUAAUUCGACGGCAUGUUUUUUUGUAACAUUCCUUUUACUUUUUUCUUUUUUUUUUUUUUUUUUUUUUUUUUUAAGGGAAAUAUCACUUCGUACACGCCGAUAUAAAUCUUACAAAAAGAUAACACUUGAUUUUAAGGAUUUCGUCGUACAAUCAGAAUAG